AAUCCCUGCCCCGCCUGCAGGUGAGCAGUGGUGUGUGAGAGCCAGCUCUCCUCUGUCCUCUCCCUGCCUGUCCACUCAGUGGCAGUUCCCUGGAGCUGUCUGUCCCCUGUGGAGCCUCAGCAGCUUCCUCUUUCAGAAGUCACUACCAAGAUCCCUGAACAGGAGCCACCAUGCAGUGCUAUAGCUUCAUUAAGACCAUGAUGAUUCUCUUCAAUUUUCUCAUCUUUCUGUGUGGUGCGGCCCUGUUGGCAGUGGGCAUCUGGGUGUCAGUCGAUGGGUCGUCCUUCCUGAAGAUCUUCGGGCCACUGUCGUCCCACGCCAUGCAGUUUGUCAACGUGGGCUACUUUCUCAUCGCAGCUGGCGCUGUGCUCUUUGCUCUUGGUUUCCUGGGCUGCUACGGUGCUCACACUGAGAACAAGUGUGCACUCAUGAUGUUCUUCUUCAUCCUCCUCAUCAUCUUCAUUGCUGAGGUUGCAGCUGCUGUGGUUGCCUUGGUGUAUACCGCAAUGGCAGAGCAAUUCCUGACGUUGGUGGUAGUGCCCACCAUCAAGAAAGACUACGGUUCCCAGAAGGACUUCACUCAAGUGUGGAACACCACCAUGGAAGGGCUCAAGUGCUGUGGCUUCAACAACUACACGGAUUUUGAAGAUUCUCCCUACCUCAAAGAGAACCAUGUCUUUCCCCCAUACUGUUGCUUUGAUAAGGCCAAUGGCACAACUAUGGAACCCUGCACCAAGGAGAAGGCCAAUGACAUGGAUGUACAGGGUUGCUUCCAUCAGCUUCUGUCUGACAUCCGAACCAAUGCUGUCACUGUGGGUGGUGUGGCGGCUGGAAUUGGGGGCUUGGAGCUGGCUGCCAUGAUUGUGUCCAUCUAUCUGUACUGCAAUUUGAAAUAAGUCUGCUUCUGCCUCUGCCAUUGCUGCUGCCAAACAGGAACUGGGAAGAGGCACCCUGGCACUGACAAGUGGCUGUGAUCAGUGUGGAGACAGGAUCUUAACAGUGUCAUUUGGGCCAGAGAGGGCCCAGCCUUGCUGCUCUGGAGUUGGAACCAAAUAGGGACCACCCUCUUCAGGCUGUGCCUGACAUUGCGGCCCAUUGGUGAGGUUGGGGCCCACCUGUUCCAGAGCCAAUUCUGAGUUAGCCAGUUCUCCUGCCCAUUCCUCCAGUCUGUCUCUUAAACCCUUGACACCCCUUCAGGUCAAUGGGGGCUCUUAGUGAUCCCAGUACUCCACUGGGGGAUGAGAAAGGCACCCUAUACCCUGGGCAUAUGUGACAUUAGCAGUAACCAGGCGGAUGUGUAGAAGGCACUUCAGAACUCAAACCAAUUAAAAUUUUUCCAUUUGGAUUC